CGCUCGUGUUUCUGAUAAGAGUCGAGCGUCCACGAGCACUCCGCGCUGCGACGAAGCUCUUCGUUCGCUCCGCAGAAAUGGCGUCCCCGGUCGCCCUCGCUCCGACCCCUCCCGCUUCUCCCUUCUCCGCCGGCGCCGGAGCCGCGCGUCUGCUCUGCCGGCUCGGCCUCGGCGGCGGCGGCCGCGCCGCGUUCCCCCGACGGCCGUUGUCCGGGGCGGCGGGGAGGCGUCUCUGGAGGAGCCGAUUCGAGCCGGGAGCGAGGGCGAAGCUCGGCGAGAAGAGCGCGUUGGAGUACAGGAAGCUCGGCGACUCCGACCUCGUAAUCAGCGAAAUCACGCUCGGCACGAUGACAUUUGGUGAGCAGAAUACAGAGAAAGAGGCCCACGAAAUGCUCGGUUAUGCAUGGGAUCAUGGUAUCAAUAUUCUAGACACUGCAGAGUCUUAUCCCAUUCCAAUGAAGAAGGAGACACAAGGAAAAACUGAUCUAUAUAUUGGUAGCUGGCUGAAGUCCCGGCCACGUGACAAGGUCAUUUUGGCAACAAAAGUAUGUGGCUAUUCCGAGAGAUCAAGUUAUAUCCGUGAGAAUGCAAAGGUUUUACGGGUUGAUGCUGCAAAUAUUAAAGAAAGUGUUGAAAAGAGCCUUAAGCGCCUCAACACAGACUACAUUGAUUUGCUGCAAAUCCAUUGGCCAGAUCGCUAUGUUCCAUUGUUUGGUGAGUAUGCCUAUGAUUUCUCUAAAUGGAGGCCUAGUGUACCUUUUGUAGAGCAGUUGAAGGCUUUUCAAGAGCUUAUCGACGAAGGGAAGGUUCGUUAUAUUGGCGUUUCAAACGAGACUUCCUAUGGAGUGAUGGAGUUUGUUCAUGCAGCUAAAGUUGAGGGAUUACCAAAGAUUGUAAGCAUACAAAAUAGCUACAGUUUACUUGUCAGAUGCCACUUUGAAGUCGAUCUUGUGGAAGUUUGCCACCCAAAGAACUACAAUAUAGGGUUACUUGCUUAUUCUCCACUGGGUGGUGGAUCCCUCAGUGGGAAGUACUUAGAUAUCAAUUCUGAAGCUGCAAAGAAAGGGAGAUUGAACCUAUUCCCUGGUUACAUGGAGAGAUAUAACAACUCUCAUGCCAAGGAAGUAACCAUAAAAUAUGUUGAAGUUGCUCAGAAAUACGGGUUAACCCUCGUUCAACUUGCUCUUGCAUUUGCAAGAGAUCGGCCAUUCAUGACGAGUUCAAUUGUCGGCGCAACCUCCGUCGAGCAACUAAAAGAAGACAUUGAUGCUUUUCUAACAGUUGAGAGGCCUUUGCCAUCUGAAAUAACGGCAGACAUUGAAGCCAUUUUCAAGAGAUACAAAGAUCCGGCCAUCCUUUAAGGUCAAGGCUCGAGAAACUUUGUGAGCAAAAUGCAAUUCUUUGCUAGUCUCCUUAGUUAUGAAAGUUCUGUAUGUACCAAUUCGACUCUUGGUUCAUCCACCACAUAGGCCAUGUCUGCAAAAGUCUGGGAUUUUGUAUUUGUAUAUUCAACACAUAUUCCUGUAUGAUAACUUGCCGAGAAAACUUACUUUUUUCUUGGUCGAGCAAUGAAAAUACACCAUUUUUUCCA